AUGGAGUACGCGCUCAAGCACACAAAGUGCAGGAUAUUGUUCACGACUCCCACGAUAGCGCGCUUCGAUAACGGACCAUUACUGGAAAGGCUCAGCCAAAACGAUGUCGCCUCGGCACUGCCAGACCUCAAGACCGUAUGCCUGAUACGUGGUCAACACGACAACUUCAUCUCAUACUCUUCCCUCAUCGAAGAGGCCCAAUAUAUCCCCGAGCACAUCUUAGACAUCUUCGACGGCAUAAUAAGUCCCUACGACGUCGCAAACCUCCAAUUCACAAGUGGCAGUACGGGGAACCCGAAAGCUGCCAUGUUGACACACCACAACCUGAUCAACAACUCCCGCUUCAUAGGCGACCGCAUGGACCUCACACCCAGCGACACCCUCUGUUGCCCGCCGCCCCUCUUCCAUUGCUUCGGUCUCACCCUCGGUCUCCUCGCUUGCCUCACACACGGUGCGAAGAUUGUAUUCCCAGCCGAAUCCUUCGACCCCGUCGCUUGCAUGCGCGCGAUUGACGCAGAACGCUGCACGGCCCUACACGGUGUACCAGCUAUGAUGGAAUCUAUAAUGGAUGUCCCACGGCCGGAGGGCUGGACAAGUGAUCUCAGGACGGGCAUUGUGGCAGGAAGUCCGGUGCCCAAGUGGUUGAUGGAGCGAAUGGUCAAUGAGCUCAACAUGUCGGACUUUACGUCUUCGUAUGGUUUGACGGAGGCUAGUCCUACAGUGUUCAACGCACACACCAACGAUUCGCUGCAUGCGCGGUUGACCACUGUCGGAACGGUGUUGCCGCAUGCCCGGGUCAAGAUCGUGGACCAUCAGGAUCGCAUCGUGCCGAUUGGUGUUAGAGGCGAACUCUGCGUUGCUGGAUACCAAGUCUGUCGCGGAUACUGGGAGAAUGCUGAAAAGACGGCGGAGCUCAUCGUGCGCGAUGAGUACGGUGAGCCAUGGCUACACACAGGUGAUGAAGCAGUUCUAGACGUGGAUGGAUAUUGUACCAUCACCGGACGGUUUAAAGACAUCAUCAUUCGAGGAGGCGAGAACAUCUAUCCGCUGGAAAUCGAAGAACGACUCGUCGCGCAUCCGUCUAUUACCCGCGCCAUCGUCGUCGGCGUCUCACACCCUCGCUACGUCGAGGUACCCGCUGCCUUCCUCCUACACGAGCCCAACACGGACAAGCCAGACUUGGCAGAGGUACAGACGUGGGUGCGGAAGGUGUUGGGCAGACACAAGGCACCCGUGCAUAUCUUCUGGCUAGGAGAGGACUGUGAUGCUGAGGUACCGUUGACGGGCAGCGGUAAGAUUAAGAAGUUUGUGUUGAGAGAUGUGGCGGAGGCUAUGUUGAAGGGGAAGUGA